CAGUCGGCUGACAGUUUGAUAAGCGUCGAAAACAUAAACAUUGCAUUUUUCUUCAGUUUUCCUGCGAUCUCCGUUGGUGUGUUUUCUUGCCAGAAAACGAGAUGCUGUGAAGUCAUUGUCCUAUUUUUGUCCGAACAAACACUGUUGUGUGGUAAGGCUGCUUCUUCCUAGCAUGAGUACCCAACAGGAAUAAUACCAGCCAAUUCAAAGUGAUGAACGGACCGUCGCGCAGCAAAUUUGGUCCCCUAAUUGGGGUCCUAAACGUGGGCCAUACUAACUGUAAAUUUUUGAUAUAUGCGGCAAGAAACGCCGAAGUACUAACCUGCCAUGAAGAACCGCUGGAGUCAAUCUCACCCCAUUCGGGGUGGGUGGAAUUUGACCCAGGCCAGAUUUGGGCCAAGGUGCGGGAUUGUAUAGAACGUGCGGUUCGGAAUCUGGACCUGCUGGAAAUAGACCUGCGCGAUAUGGUGGCUGUCGGGGUGUGCAAUCAGCGCGAAACAAGUGUCCUUUGGGAUCGAACAGGAGGAGAGGCGUUAUGUAACGCGAUUGGAUGGUGCGACACAAGGACUUCUGCGGUACUGGGUGGGCUGUUGACCAGGGUGAAGGGAAAGAUUAAUUUCUUGAAAGAGGUUUGCGGACUGCCGUUUGCGAAUUGUUUCAGUGCUGUUAAGAUUCGGUGGAUGCUGGACAACGCGGAGGAUGGAAUCGAAGGGAAGGAUCUUCUCUUUGGCACGUUAGACAGUUGGGUGGUUUGGAACCUGACCGGCGGGGUCAAUGGAGGAAUCCACGUGACGGAUGUGACCAACGCUUCUAGGACGAUGCUAAUGAACUUGGCAAACUUGCAAUGGGAUGACCGACUGUGUAAAUUUUUCAAAAUUCCAAAGAAAAUGCUGCCGCAGAUUCGGAGCUGCUCGGAAGUCUACGGCUACAUCAGUGAGGGUCCGUUGAGGGGAAUCCCAAUAGCUAGUGUAAUGGGUGACCAACAAGCGGCUCUGGUCGGACAAAUGUGUCUCAGCGCAGGUCAGUUGACUUGUAACGUUGAUGAAGGAUCAUUUCUUCUGUUCAACACGGCCCAGGAAAUCAUUGAUUCGGACAAUGGACUGCUUUCUACAGUUGCCUUCAAGCUGGGUCCAAAGGCGGAGACGUUUUAUGCCUUGGAAGGUGCCAUACCGCAUUCGGGAAGUACGCUCAGUUGGAUGCGAGAAAAUCUUCAUUUACCGAACGAAUCGAAUCAGAACGGAUCGCUAACUCAAAGCUUUCUCGGUGAUCCGGGCGGAACUUCGGCGCUUCUUUCCUCCAUUUGCUCAAUGAAUUCGUCGUUUGGGGCACUUCAAAGCGAUAGGAGCAAAUUUAAGAAUCCAAACUACGAAGUAAUAUUGGUUCCAGCUUUCAGCGGUUAUUACACACCGUAUUGGAGGUACAAAACCCGAGGCAUGCUGUUUGGGAUGACGCUUCAAACGUCGGCUCAGCAGAUUCUGUUUUCCGCGUACGAAGCAAUCUGUUUCCAGGUGCGUGAAGUGCUGGAAUCGUUGAAACAAGACUGCCGAACUUGGCCUGCCAUCACGAAACUGGUUGCCGGCGGGGAUCUCAGCGAAAAGCCAUUCCUGAUGCAGAUUCUGGCCGAUUUGUGUGGGGUAAGCAUCGAACGACCACAAACUUCCACGCCGGCGUGCCUCGGUACGAUGUUGGCCGCUGGGUUGGCCAUGGAAAUACUCACCCUGGAUGAGUUCCGAACGUGUUGCAUUCCGCCGACUGAUUAUUACUCACCGGCCUUGAACUCUAGUCAGCGAGAUAUGAAAUUUCGCAAAUGGAAAGUUGCGGUUGAUCGUUGCCUCAAUUUUGAUUCCGUCUCAGAGACGGAUCUUUCCAAGUUUCAGCAGGAGGAGCUGGAUCCCGAAUAUUCGGUCCGUUGUUCGAUUCCAGGUGGGAUCUACAUCAUCUCCUCCUUUGCCCUGAUUGUGCUGGCACAAAUACUCCAACAAAAUCGAACGAUUUCAUAGAUUCAAAAUUACGUUCAGUAGGGUAUUCCGUUCCUUUGAGAAGUACGAAUAGGUCAGGAUAACUAAUUAAUGGCCUCAAUGCUUCUCACUCUUUGAAACUAUGACACAAACUACCUUUGGUUAAGUUACCCCUAGAAUAUAGCAAUGCUUUGCUUUUACGCAAGUUAUGAAAUAAAUAUUAAAUAUUGUUGCA